AUGGCUGAAUUGCCAAGUGAAAUUUCUAGUAGUGUGGAAGGUCUGGAGGCCAUUGACGACGGAAAGAAGAAAUCUAAAUUUAAAUCCUUCAAGACCUUUUUUGGCAAGAAGAAGAAAAGAGAGUCUGAUGAUGACCAGGGAGGGAUGAUGCUAAAACCAGGCAUGUCCAGCAGCAGUAUUAACAUCUCUUCUCUGAAGCCAGUUCAGGAAGGUCAACAAACUCAGCCUAGGUCCAAGGGCAACAUGGGAAUCAAAGCCAUAUCCCAUGAUAGCAUCUUCAUGUCGCAGCGUGAGCCUGAAAAAUCAGCAAGUAAAAUAUGCCUCUCUUCAGAGCUUCAGAGAGGAAGACCUUGGCAGAGAUCUCUUGUUUCCAGAACGGUGCCUAGAACUGUGACUAAUAUUGUGCGUGGAUCUGCAGCUGUGCCCCAAUAUGUGCCCAGAAGUGGAAUCUGGGUUGCAGGCUCCACAAUCACUAAGAGCUUCAGUGAUUUAGCAUCUGGACCCGAUUACUCACAGUCCUCGACUGCGUUUGCCGGGCUUGCCUCUCCCAGGAGCACUCAGCCGCCUGUUGGUUUCAGCACCCCAGCCAUCACCCAGGGCUGUUUGGAUUCUUCAGCUGCUAGACACAAGAUAGCUUUAAAUCCCCAGAAGAAGAAGAACCUUUGGGCAACUGUGAAACCGAGGCAGGAAGAGCCAAGUCUUCCACUGGCUUCUGAAGAAGAAAAGAGUACAACCAAACCCGAGGAAGCUGACCUAAAAGAGCUGAAAAAAGACAGUGCAGGACCCCUAAGUCAGGAACAGAGCGGCACUGAGAUUUAUGAUGAGAUGACAAAAGAUCAGGCUGUAAACACUGAUGAUGUUGAGAAUGUGGACUACAUAAAGUUAGCAACACGUGGAAAAAGACGAAGAAGAAUACCAAUUGUUUCUGGACUGAGCAAGUGUAGCAUCGAAGGAAGAGCCCUUAAGCAAACCAGUCGAGAUUAUGGCCUAGGCUAUAGAACUGAGUCUUCACCUAUCGAUAAGACUGCCAGGGAUUGGAAUUUCAUGUACCUGUCCUUGGAGAAGCAAGUCAUGGAACAGCUCACAGCUUCACAAGCUGAAACCGCCACUCCUCAGGAGUUGCUUUCAGAUGAAGAUGACAUGAGAAGGAGAAAUGCUGACAUAGAUUACAAAGGGAGAAAAGCAUCAGCACCACAAGCCAUACCUGAAGACACGAAAGAGUCCGUGGUGAGUGGUCCACCACCAUACCGUGAAGAUGGGGCUUUUGGAGCCAAGAAGACAGAAGCCAGAGCUUCUGUUUUAUCAAUGACCCAAAAAGAGACCAUUCUCUCACUGGCAGCAGAGUCUCAGGUGUUUAUGGAUCCUUCCCGUAUUCAGUCAGAAGAGGAAGAAGCAUCCAGCUUUGAUUUGCAAAAUGCCCAAUUCAAAAUGGAGUCAACCCGGGAUGUCCCAAGUAUCUGCAAAAAAAAGCCUCCUAGGAAUGUUCUCCAGGCCUUUAUAGCAAGUGUUUCAGGUGUGACAGCAGAGAGAGGAGGCAUUUCUGCAGUGAGUCUGCCUCCCAGAAGCCUAUCCCAGUGCUUGGGGAAGCCUGAAGCUGAAGAAGUCGUCUGCACAGGUUCAGAGAGUACUUCAGAGGAGGAGAGUGGUUCUGAGGAGAAGCUGACUCCUGGACACUCUUUACAGUCCUUGAGGGAGCCUGAAGAGGAGCAAGAAGUCUUCCCAGAAUCACAAAGCUUAGUUGUAAAAUUGGGCCGUUUUGAACAGCUGCUGGCUACUGGAUACCCUUCCCUGUCCUUGGGGAAGCCUGAAGCUAGAGAAAAUGUCUCCUCUCAUUCAGAGAGCACUCCUGACAAUGGGAGUGGUUCUGAGGAACUGGCUCCCAGUCACCCUUCCCAGUCCUCCGGGAAGCCUGAAGCUGAACAAAUCUUAGAAUCAAAAAGUUUCGGUGUGGAAUUGAGCAGCUCUAAGGGGCAACUGACUCCCAAAUGGCCUUCCCAGGCUUUACGGGAGCCUAAAGAUGAAGAAGUCUACACGAAAUCUGAUAGUUAUGCUGAAAAGUUCAGUAGUGUUAUGCAGUUUUGGAGCAGCCUGCAGGAAGAUCACCAUCUCAGACACCCUACCCAGGCCUUGGGGAAGCCCCGAAACCAACAAGAAGUCUCCUCAGUUUCAAAGAACGCUCCUAAAGAGUGGAGUGUUUCUGAGGAGCAGCUGCCUCCUACACAGCCUUCUCAGCCCGUUGUGAGGCCUGUCGUUCGGCAGAAAGUCUCCUCCAGUUCAGUGAGUGCUUCUGCAAAACGGAGCCAUUCUGUGGAGCCAGUGCCUCGCACACACCCUUCCCAGCUGUGGGAGAGCACUACAUUUGAGCAAGAAGCCUCUGCAGGUCCAGAGAGUGCUACUGUUGAUUGGGCCAUUUCUAUGGAGCCACUGCCACCCAGAAUGUCUUCAAAGCACCCAGCGAGGCCUAAAGUUGAGCAAAAAGUCUCCUCAGGUUCAGAAAUUGCAACUACAGAAGGGGUUGUUCCUAUGGAGGCACUACCUCCCAGAAAUCGUUCUCAGCCCCUGAUGAGAGCAGUAGUCAAGGAAGAAGUCUCUGCAGUUACAGAGAGCCCUGCUGUUAAGGAGAGCAUUUCUGUGGAGCCACUGCCACCCAGAAUGUCUUCAAAGCACCCAGCGAGGCCUAAAAUUGAGCAAAAAGUCUCCUCAGGUUCAGAAAUUGCAACUACAGAAGGGGUUGUUUCUAUGGAGGCACUACCUCCCAGAAAUCGUUCUCAGCCCCUGAUGAGAGCAGUAGUCAAGGAAGAAGUUUCUGAAGGUCCAGAGAGCACUGCUUUUGAUUGGGCCAUUUCUAUGGAGCCACUGCCACCCAGAAUGUCUUCAAAGCAACCAGGGAGGCCUAAAGUUGAGCAAAAAGUCUCCUCAGGUUCAGAAAUUGCAACUACAGAAGGGGUUGUUCCUAUGGAGGCACUACCUCCCAGAAAUCGUUCUCAGCCCCUGAUGAGAGCAGUAGUCAAGGAAGAAGUCUCUGCAGUUACAGAGAGCCCUGCUGUUAAGGAGAGCAUUUCUGUGGAGCCACUGCCACCCAGAAUGUCUUCAAAGCACCCAGCGAGGCCUAAAGUUGAGCAAAAAGUCUCCUCAGGUUCAGAAAUUGCAACUACAGAAGGGGUUGUUCCUAUGGAGGCACUACCUCCCAGAAAUCGUUCUCAGCCCCUGAUGAGAGCAGUAGUCAAGGAAGAAGUCUCUGCAGGUCCAGAGAGCGCUGCUGUUAAGGGGAGCAUUUCUGUGGAGCCACUGCCACCCAGAAUGUCCUCAAAACAACCAGCAAGGCCUAAAGUUGAGCAAAAAGUCUCAGGUUCAGAAAUUGCAACUACAGAAGGGGUUGUUCCUAUGGAGGCACUACCUCCCAGAAAUCGUUCUCAGCCCCUGAUGAGAGCAGUAGUCAAGGAAGAAGUCUCUGCAGGUACAGAGAGCGCUGCUGUUAAGGGGAGCAUUUCUGUGGAGCAAAGUCCUACCACACACCCUUUCCAGCCACGGAUGAGCCCUGCAUUUGAGCAACAAGUCUCUGCAGAGAGUGUUGCCUUUGAGAGGGACAUUUCUGUGGAGCUGCUGCUUCUCAGACAUCCUUCCUGGUCCAUUGUAAAACGUGAAGUCCAGAAAAUAUCGUCCAAUUUGGAGAGUCCUGCUGUUGAAUGGGGCGUUUCUGAGAGUCCACUACCUCCCAAAUAUCCUACCCAGUUCUCAGUGAGGUCUAAAGUUCAGGAAAUUUCUGCACAUCUAGAGAACAUGGCUGUUGAAAAAAGCAUUCCUAAGAAAUCGCUGCAUCCCAGUCCUUCCCAGUCAUUCGUGAAGUUUAUGGCACAGCACGUCUUUUCAAAGAGCCCUGCUACUGAGGGGGGUCUUUAUGUGGAUCCUCUGCCUCCAGAUCAUCCUUUCAAAUCUUUGUUGUGGCCUGAAGCUGAGCCCCAAAUUAUCUCAGAUGAGGAGAGAGCUGACCCUGAGAGAGGCGUUUCUUUGAAGAUGCUGCCUAUGAAACACACUUUACAGUCCUUGGGGAGGCCCAAAGACCCGCAAGAAGUUUUCUCAUAUUCAGAGAGUGAUCCCGUGAAAGAGAGCAGUUCUAAAGAGCAGCUGCCUCCCAAACAGCUUUCCCAAGCCUUGAGGAAGCUGGAGUACCAGCAAGAAGUCUCAGUUUCUGACAGAUCUCCUGAAGAGAGGAAGAGCUCUGAAGAGCGGCUGCCUUCCAGACGCCAGUUUCAAGCCUUGGGUAGGUCUGAAUUCCAGUCACAGAUCUUCUCAACAGGCUCGGCAAAUGUACCUACAGAGUGGAGCAGUCCUAAGGUGCACCUGCCUGCCAGUCAUGCUUUCCAGGCUUUUGGAGACCCUGAAUAUCAGCAACAGGGUUAUUCAAGUUCCGUGAGUGCUGCUGCUGAGGGAACCAUUUCUGAGAGCAAUUCUGGCAGCCAGUCCCUACCAGAAGGCCCACGUUCUCCAUACAAAACCAAGAAACACAGCCAAGUCUCCAAAGACCUUCCUAAGAACAUCACUACCCCUGCUACCAAACCUGGGAAGCUCACCAUUGCUCCUGCCUGGGGCGUUUCUGAGAGCACUUCCUCUGCGAAGGAAGUUCUUGAGAGUGGUGAUGGAGAUAACAGCCGCUCAGCCUCACCCACCAUGCAGGCUGAUAUUGAAAACUGUUUUGGAAUUCAACUGAGAAAAACCCCUUCCUUGCAGAAGCGUAAGAUUGAGAAACACUUCACCCACUUUCCUUCACUGACCUUGCGCCCAAUUUCAUCCUCCGCGAGUAGAGAAAAGCAAGUCAGAGGAAAAGUUUCCCAGAGCCUCAUGGACACCAUAGACAAGCUCACCACAGCAUCUAAGUUUGCAGAGAAGCCACAGAGCAGGCCCAAAUCUGAACACAUGGCCAAGAAGCAGCCUGCUUACAAGACCCCAGGAAAGCCUUCUGGUCAACAGCUGGAUUAUGCCAUCUCAGAGCCAGAUUGGACAACCACAGUAAAGCAGAGGAAGAGGGAUUUCGAGGCCCGCAUUCCCAAAAAAGAGCUGAAAUUCAAGAGCAGAGCUGGAGCCAAGGCCGUGACUAAGGAGCCUAGAUAUAGGGGAGCUGGCACUGCAAACGAAAACCAACAAAGAAACAUUAUCAUUUCUGAUGUCCGUAGACCGGAAAAGAAGCAGAUGAAGCCACCUGCAUCUACCAAAUCAGUUACAUUUUAUGAUCAGAAGAUACAUCAAGUGCCUGACGUGGAAAAAGAAACCAAACGAUCUUCAACUCUCCCAGCUGUGCUCCAACAGCCAGUUGAGCCGGCUGAGCCUGUCUGGUUCUCCGUGGCCAAGAAGAAAGCUGAAGCAUGGAGCCACAUAACAGAGAGCAUGAUGGAGAAUUAGCAUUUUAGAUAAUAAUUGCCAGUAGCUGUAUUAAUUCUAUGUAGGGAUUUCUUUACCGUGACUAUUUUUUAUUAAGCAAAAGAGCCUUAGAAAUGGGAAUUAAAGCUUAUAAUUAUCUGAAUGAAAUAAAUGCCAUGAAUGCCUAACAUUCAGUACAGUCACUGCCAGCAUCUGGAAAACCAGCAUUUCCUAUGUAAAAACCAUAGAAAAUGUUUGCACUGCUGUAGAAUUGUGAAAUCUUUAUCUUUGGACAAUGUGCUUUAGAAGGGAAAAAGCAAAAACUUUUAUCAGAGCAACUAAAAGGUUGUCAUUUCCUUUGACCAAAUAAAAUAAUUCUAAUGGGACCGUCCAGAUGAUUUGGCCAAAUAACUGGCUUUUAGGUUUUAUGAGCCUAAAUAAAUGCUUCAAUUACUUGGUUGCUGCUCCAAGCUUUACAAGGGCUCCUAGAAGAGGUGGUGGAAGUGAAGAUUCUGGGUCUCCAAGAAAAAUUUUGCACAGCCAGUGCCCCAAUCAGCCCACUACUCCUUGAAACACCUUCCUUGUAUCUCUGAGGUCCCCCAGUGCCGGCCACUUGGGUGACAGUCACACACAGAUCACUUGUACAGAGCUCCUUCUUUGCACAUGUUCCAUGUCAAUUUGUCACAGGCCUGGCAGCAGUGAGCACCUGCCUGUGAUGUAGAAUGCCUCUUGGGGAUUAUCCUACUCCUCUGGAUGGUUAGUCCAUCAGUGUUUGGCCUCUUGUCACAGUACCACUGUGACCUCAGUUGCCCAGAAACAUAAAUGUGCCUCUUAUUAUACAUAUUCUGUUGUUUAAGCACUUAAGACCCCAUUGAAAUUCAGUGUUCUACAGAAGCCAAGAGCUGUACUUCCCAUCAGGCAGAUGGCAAGCUCAUGGUCUUGACGCCAGUUCCUUCCCCUCUGGCUCCAGCCUUCAGGUGGAGAACUUCAUGGAACCCAGUUUCUGGUCCCUUCCCCUCAGCAGCCUCUGCUUCCCAAAUCUUUAGUCUAAAGCUAGACUGGAAGCUCAAAGCCACAGAACAAUGAACUUUCUGCUAUCUAGAAGCCUUAUGUGAUUAAAUCAGCCUCUCCCUGCCCUCAUUACUAGGGGCGCAUGCCUCAGAAGUUACUAGGCUGGACAGUCCCCACCUCCCCAGUGGCCCACUUACCCCCAACCAUGGGGAAGAGGGAAGGCCAAAAAGAGAGAUUAGGAGAAGAGGAGUGAGGAUGAGAAACAUGGUCAGUUGUGAGAGGCGGGCAGCCCAGCAAAUUUUGACUCUGCCCUUCCCAUCCUGCCAUGCAGUCUUUUUCUUUUGCAGCACUGCCUCCAUUAAAAACUCCCAGGUCAAGGAGUGAAUACAUAGCACCUUUACUCACAGAGUCAGUCCCUUAGUUGGCUGGCUUUCUGAGGUGCAGACCACUCUAGAGUCUCAUCUAGUUUAACCCCUUCCUUUCCAUGUUUUUCUCCUUUAUUCCAUCUCCCAAAUCCACCAAACCCUAAGGGAGAGCUCCGUUUGGAUGCCUUGACAGUAAACCUCAUUUUCCUAGGAGACCCAGAAAUGACUUCUCACUGUAGUUAUCACUGUGCCUGCUUCUGUCACUUUGGGGAUACUUUGCUUAGAUGGAAAUGCGGGCCUGGACAUCUAACUGUGCCUUUAAAUUCUGAGUGGGUUGCUGCCCCAUGAAAAGAGUUCAGAGGCAGUGAGGUGCCAGAGCUAAUUUAGAAACUUGGUGCUGGAUUUUGCUGAUGAUGGUAUAAUGUGUUACUGUACAACCACAUGCUGGAUUUUGCAUUUUCUCUAUAAAACAUCUACUUUUCCUGAUACUAUAUCAUUGCCUUUUUGAUAAUGCUAGGUUUUCAAUUGAUUUGAUUAUUUCUUUUGCAUUCCCAUAGUGAGCAGUUCGUCUAGGUAGAUGCCCUUUACCCAGGUAAUCCUGGUAGAUUAGCUGUUACACCUUCCUCCCCCCUUUUCUCAGAGUGGAUCUCUAUUAUGUUAUUCUCACUCAGAACUCUCCAUUAACAAUUUCUUUUCCAUAGUUAACAACAAAGCUCUGUUUUUAAAUGAAGAGGUUAAGUUUUUUUUAAUGCCCAGAGCACAUUCUGAUAAGUUUCCACCUUCUUUUAGCUUUCCUAAUUUUUUGAUAUAUGCAAAGCAAAUAAAUUCAAUAAAGCCUGCUCAGUAGUCCUAAGCAAAUAAAUUCAAUAAAGCCUGCUCAGUAGUC